AUGUCAGGAUAUCCCGCCCUUCUCCUGCGAGCGGAGCAGAAGCCCCUCGAGCACCGAUCCUUCUCUCCCGCCGUCAUCAAGUCUCUGAUCGAAGCCGGCUACCCCGUCACCGUCGAGCGCUCCUCCACCGAUCCCAACUUCAAGCGGAUAUUCGAGGACUCAGAAUACGAGGCUGCCGGGGCCAAGCUUGUCGAAUCCGGCGUCUGGCCAAAUGCCCCCCAGGGAACCAUUGUCCUUGGUCUCAAGGAGCUCCCCGAAGAAAACUUCCCUCUCAAGAACGACUUCAUCCACUUCGCCCAUUGCUACAAGGGCCAGAAGGGCCAUCAAGAGGUUCUCAGCCGAUUCCCCCGAGGCGGCUCUGUACUUUACGAUUUGGAAUUUCUGGUCGACUCUGUAGGAAGACGUGUUUCGGCAUUUGGCUAUCAUGCUGGUUUCACUGGCGCUGCUCUUGGCGUCAAGACCUGGGCCUGGCAGCUCGCUCACCCCGGCGAGAAGCUCCCCUCAGUCGCCACAUUCACCGACGGCCGAGGCUACUACAUGAACGAGGACGAACUUGUUGAGCAGAUUCGCAAGGAUCUUGCAGAGGGCGAGAAGAAGCUGGGACGUAAGCCUACUGCUUUCGUCUUGGGCGCCCUUGGUCGAUGCGGUACCGGUGCCUGCGACCUGUUCCUCAAGGCUGGUCUUCCCGAGGAGAACCUCACCCGCUGGGAUCUCGCCGAGACCAAGGACCGUAACGGUCCUUACAAGGAAAUCGCCGAGCACGACAUCUUCCUCAACGCCAUCUACCUCUCCAAGCCCAUCCCCCCCUUCGUCAACAACGACCUCCUGUCACAAGCUGGCCGCAACCUCAGCGUUGUCAUCGACGUCUCGUGCGAUACCACCAACCCUCACAACCCCAUCCCCAUCUACGACAUCAACACCACCUUUGACGAUCCCACCGUCCCUGUCAAGGUUGAGAACGACCAAAACUCAACGCCCCUCUCCGUCAUCAGCAUCGACCACCUUCCCUCCAUGCUUCCUCGCGAGGCCAGCGAGUCAUUCAGCGAGGGCCUCAAGGAGUCAUUGCUUCAGCUCAAGGACCGAAGCACAGCCAGAGUUUGGGCUGAUGCCGAGAAGCUGUUUAACGAAAAGGUGGCACUGCUCCCAGAGGCGCUGCGCACCAAGGAGGUUUAAAGGACAAAGGGAGAAAACGAAAAACAAAUGUUAAUGAAGAUGAUCAAUGAGCAUGGGAUUAAAAAAUGUUAGGGUAAUAGAAACGGGAGCAUAAAAAUGGGACGCUUUGAUAUACGCUGAAGAGAAGUAUAUAAAGUGCAUAGAGAAGUUGACUCCUACGGGCUUCAUCAAAAUGAAUACAAGUGGCCGAUUGGCUUGAUGUUAUUACAAAUCAAUUCCUUAAAUGCUGAAUCUGGUGCAACCAAGUGGUUCUGUCAAUGUGUGUUUAUACGCUUAGUUUCAUUCUCUACGGCGAGUAUAGUCUACACAAAAGCUUGAAUUCCUGUGAUUGCUCUGCCCAAUAUCAAACUGUGAAUAUCGCUCUGUCCCUCAUACGUCUGUGUCACAAACAAGUUCGCAACAUGUCUUCCAAUGUGAUACUCAUCGCUCACGGCGUUUCCUCCAAAAACCUCCUGCAGCACACGCACGUUUCGCAGCGCAGCGUCGCAGUUCUGUCUCUUCACCAUGCUAAUCAUCUCCGGCGUCACCUUGCCCUCGUCCUUGAGGCGGCCGACCUGCACCGCAGCCAGGGUGCCAUAGGCGGCGUCGGUGGCGGCGUCGGCGAGCUUCUUCUGGAUGAGCUGGUACUUUGCCAGCGGGUUGCCCUUGAACUGCUUGCGCUCCAGGGAGUAGGUGCGGGCGCGGGCAAUGGCAUCCUCGAGAGCGCCGACUACGCCGAGGGAGAUGCCGUAUCUUGCGCUGUUGAGGCAGCUGAACGGUCCCUUGAGGCCUUCGACUUCGGGGAACAUGUUUGCUUCCGGGACGGGGACGUCGUCCAUCUGGAUCAUGCCCGUGAUGGAGGCCCGAAGGCCAUUCUUGUCCUUGAUGGCGGGCGUCUCCAGCGUGCCGGGAGGGCAAUCCUUGCGCUCAACCAGGAAGCCCCUGAUCUUGCCCGUCUCCUGCAGCUUGGCCCACACCAGCAGCACGUCGGCAAUGGGGCUGUUUGUGAUCCAGGUCUUUGCGCCGCUCAGAGACAAGUAGCCCUUCUUCGUCGGGUGCGGCUUCGCGAUGCUCUCCAUGCUGCCCGGGUCGCUGCCGUGGUUGGGCUCCGUCAGGCCAAACGCGCCAAUGAGCCUGCCCCUGGCCAUCUCCGGGAGGAAUCUCUCCUUUUGCUCUGCGCUGCCGAACUCGUAGAUGCCGCCCAUGACGAGGGACGACUGGACGGACAUGCCUGAUCGGUAGCCGCUGUCGACGCGCUCGACUGCCCGUGUGAUGAGGCCGCCGGCUACUGAGGAUACGCCAGCACAUCCGUAGCCCUUGAUACCGGAGCCCAGAAGGCCUAGCUCGCCCAUCUCUUCGAGGAUCUUGGGGUCGUAGUGUUCGUCUCGGUAGGCCUGCAGGACUCUGGGCUGUAGCCGCUCUUGGCAGUAUCUCUCUGCCGUCUCUGCAAUGGCCAGCUCCUCCUCGGUAAAGAGAUUCUUCGCAUUCAGAGGAUCCUGCCAGUCGAACGCGGGGCCGGCACCGGUAGCAUAGCUUCUCGCAGCAAUUGGCCUCGCCGACGCCGCAUUGCGGGCAAAUGCCCUGAAGGAUUGUCGCAGCAUAUUCAGUGAGUUUCAAAAAAAGAAUUGACAGAUUGGUAUCAAAGGCGUGAG